UUCCCAUUUUUAUCAUUACCCUCAAAAACACAAUCAUAUUCCUUCACAUAUUUUUCCCUUUUUUCUGUUUUAAGAUUUCCCACCUCUAAUUUUCUCUCUCUUUUCUCUUUCUUACUUUCUUCACUCUCAAUUUUUUUUUUCACCUCCCAAAAAAAUCUCCCCUUUUGUCUCUUCCCAUCCUUUCUUUCUUCCCAGAAAAAUCCCCAAUUCAGUCCGAUCAACUCGCUGCAACUUGCAAAUUUCUGAUCGAAAUAUGAAACUGACUAUAUUUCAUAUUUGCAGUGAUGAGAUUCUAUAAUCAAUGGGUUAGGGUUUUGUUUGAAAGAUUGAGGAUAAGAGAAAAAGGGAUAGAUUGGGGGGAAAGAGAGGGAGGGGAAGAGUGAGUGAGCCAAGAUGUUGAAUAAAUUUAUGAAACGAGGGAAUCGUAAAGGUUCCAAAUCAGAUGAUAUGGCAUUUCCCCCAAAUAAUCGAGGAUCUGGGGUGGUUGCGUCGUCGAAUGUGGUUGUUAAUCAUGCCUCAAGGGUUGGGGUUCCGGGGUCAGGUGGCCCGAAUGCCACGCCACAGGGCGGGGGCGGGGGUGGGGGUCUGGUUGUGGCUGCCCCGCCUACAGGUACUGUUGAAUCUCUUCCGUUGUUUAAAGAUGUCCCUGCUGCGGAGCGCCAAAACCUGUUUAUGCGUAAGCUACAAAUCUGUUCUUACCAAUUUGAUUUCACUGAUACAUUGAAAUCGGUUAGGGAGAAGGAAAUCAAGAGGCAAACAUUGAUGGAACUUAUUGAGUUUAUUCAGUCGGGGUCAGGAAAGAUUCAUGAGACUGUGCAAGAAGAGAUGAUUAAGAUGGUUUCAAUUAAUAUUUUUAGGUGUUUACCUCCAUCGUCCCACGAAAAUACUGGUGUUGAGGCUACUGACCCUGAAGAGGAGGAGCCUUUUCUUGAGCCCUCUUGGCCUCAUUUGCAGCUCGUGUACGAGCUUCUGUUGAGAUAUGUUGUGUCCCAAGAUACUGACACUAAGGUUGCCAAGCGUUACAUUGAUCAUUCCUUUGUGUUGAAGCUAUUGGAUUUGUUUGAUUCAGAGGAUCCAAGGGAGAGGGAGUAUUUGAAAACUAUCCUUCACAGGAUAUAUGGAAAGUUCAUGGUGCACCGACCGUUUAUCAGGAAAGCGAUAAAUAAUAUAUUUUAUCGGUUCAUAUACGAGACAGAGAGACACAGUGGAGUUGGAGAGCUGUUGGAGAUUCUAGGAAGUAUAAUUAAUGGGUUUGCUCUUCCGAUGAAAGAGGAGCACAAAUUAUUCCUUGUUCGAGCUCUGAUCCCACUUCAUAAACCUAAGCCAGUUGGAUUGUAUCAUCAGCAGUUAUCAUACUGCAUAACUCAGUUUGUUGAAAAAGACUACAAGUUGGCAGAUACGGUGAUAAGGGGUUUAUUGAAAUAUUGGCCUGUUACUAAUUGCCAGAAAGAAGUUCUAUUUCUUGGUGAAUUAGAAGAAGUAUUAGAGGCAACACAGGGUGCUGAAUUCCAGCGCUGCAUGGUCCCACUUUUUAGACAGAUAGCUCGCUGCCUCAACAGUCCUCAUUUCCAGGUGGCAGAGCGAGCACUCUUUUUAUGGAAUAACGAGCACAUAGUAAGCUUAAUUGCCCAGAAUAGGAAUGUGAUUCUACCCAUCAUUUUUGAGGCAUUGGAGAAGAACAUUCAAAGUCAUUGGAACCAGGCUGUUCACGGGCUCACUGUCAACGUCCGGAAAAUGUUCUUGGAAAUGGAUGUGGAGCUAUUUGAAGAGUGUCAGAGGCAAUAUGAAGACAAAGUAGCCAGAGCGAAAGAGGUUGAAGAGCAGCGGCAGUUGACGUGGAAGAGACUAGCUGAAGUGGCAGGAGAUGAUAUGGUUACAGCUUGAGUGAGUUUGAAGGUUCAUGACUUUGUGUCCACCAGUAUCAACAAGCAAAGACACUUGGUGGACUUUUCUUAUCUCCAUUUUGGUGGCAUUCUUUUUUUUUUUUUUACUCUUAUCUCAUAAUUUUUUGGUCCUUCAAUAUUUUUUUUCUCCUUUUAAUUUCAUUCUGACCACCGAAGAUGUCGGGAAAUCAGCGAUAAAAUGUAAUUUAUUUUGUAUCAAAAAAUCUGCAGAUUAAGAAUGAUAUUGCCCAAGUCUCUUCCUACUA